GCCAAUCAAACGCAGCCUUUACAUCUCCUCUUAAGAGCACAGACGCACUGAGAUUCUCCUCAUUCAACGCAGCAACAUGCUGACUCCCCUGAGGCUGGCUCUGAUUCUCUUGUGUCUUUUCUAUGGAGGCUUGGCUCAGAUGACUGAUCUAAAAUCUUCCAUAUAUGUGCGACAGGACAGCGGUUACUUUAGAGCUGAUGUUGGUGACAGUGUGACUCUGAAAUGUUUCUAUAAAGGCAUGGCAAAAAUGUUUUUCUGGUAUAAGCAAAGUCUGGGAGAGAAACCAAAGCCCAUGUCAUCCUUCUAUCGAUACAAAGACAACGCCGACUUCCUGGAUGAAUUCAAGGACAAUCCACGCUUCAGAUUAGAUGCAGGAAACGGCAAAAAUCACCUGACAAUACUAAAUCUGUCCAUUUCUGACUCUGCCACCUACUACUGCUUAGGUAGCUAUGGGUAUGAGUUUGAGUUUGUGGAGGGUGCUACUGUGAGUGUGAGGGGUUCAGGGUUGAGUGUCCCAGCUUUGGUCAGUCAGUCUGAAUCUGGAGGCUUCGAGGAUCUGAGCUGUACCGUCCUCACUGGGACCUGUAAUGGAGAUCACAGUGUUUACUGGUUCAGAAACUCUAAGGAAGCUCACCCAGGACUGAUCUACACCCACGGAGACAGGGAUGAUCACUGUGAGAGAAAGGCCAACACACAAGUACGCUCAUGUGGCUACAACCUGCCGAUGAAGAACAGGACCGGUCCUGAAGCUGAGGCUGACCUCUGUGCUGUUGUUUCAUGUGGACAUGUCCUGUUUGGAGACAAGAUGAAGUCAGACAUGGAGCAUAAAAUUGACCCUUUUGUCUUGGUGUUAAUUUUGGCUGGAGCGUUGGCGUUCAACAUCAUUCUGGUCAUUUGUCUGGCGUUUGGAGCCUACAGGAAGUACCAAAGAAACCGCUGCCUACAUACAGACCCAGGAUCUCCAGCUGCCUCCACUCCAAAUCCAGUGGAUAACCAAGAGAUGGAAAACCUCCAUUACGCUGCACUGAGAGUGAAGAAGACCAACAGCAGAUCAACAAGACUCAAAGACCCCAGUCUGAGUGAAUGUGUGUACUCUGGUGUGAGGCAGUAGAGCUGCACAUUUUACAUUUGUUUCUUCUUUCUAUAUAAGCUUUUUGAUAAAUCUAAAUAAUGUACAGCUUUUAUAAUAACAAGAAUUUCUGACCGGCUUAGACCUGUAUACUAAAUGUAAAACUUUGGCUUACAAUAAAACCCGAGCUUUAGCAGGCAUGUUUAUUUGCUUAUUCAGAGGGUAAUGUGUUUAUACUUUAACAGAAAUGUAGAGCACUAUGUUUCUAUGUCUGAGUUAGCCCAGUCAGAGCUUCUGCUAUUGAAAAUAUUUUGUUUAAUGCUUCAUUAAAUGAUUAAUAUGCAUCUUAUACUGACAAAACAAACUUUCAGAGAGUGCAGAAUGUGCCCCACACACAUGUGGACAGUUUUUCUUUAACACUGGUUUCCAGUGAGUAACAUGACCCUUUUUCCAUCAAAGUGGGGAGAAACAGGAUGUGUGACACCACGUACAAAAGGUCUGAGCUCUCUGGUGCUCCCUCUAGAGGUAUGCUCAAGUAACACACAUCCUGUUGAGACGCCACAUUUGUACUCAGACAUAAAGGUCAGUUACAAAUACAUC